AUGUCGCGGCGCGAUUUUCUCAACCAACAAGCCCCCGAAAACUACGUUGCUGGUCUCGGUCGAGGCGCCACUGGCUUCACUACUCGAUCCGACUUGGGCCCUGCUCGAGACGGACCCAGCGCCGAGCAAAUCCAGGAAGCUCUUGCGCGACGAGCACAACAACUCGGUGCCGCACCUCCGACCGCAUAUGGUGCCGGAGCCAAGAAACAAGAGCAAGAAGAAGAGGAUGAUGACCGAUUUCAAGACCCAGACAACGAGACAGGCUUGUUCGCCUCCGGCAAUUUCACACAAGACGACGACGAGGCAGAUAGGAUCUAUCAGGAUGUGGACGAGCGGAUGGGCAAGCGUCGGAAAAGACUCAGGGAAGAACGAGAACGAGAAGAACUCGAAGAGUAUAACCGCAAGAACCCCAAAAUCUCUGAUCAAUUCGCCGAUCUGAAACGAGGCCUAGUCACUUUGACCGACGACGAUUGGGCGAAUCUUCCUGAUCCGGGCGACCUCACGGGCAAGAAUCGACGUGCGAGACAGAGCCGACUUCAGCGCUCUUAUGUCGUCCCUGACAGCGUCCUGGCCAGGGCACGGGAUUCUGCCGAGUUUUCGACCAGUGUGCAAGAUGAUGCCAUGGAUGGCGUCGUCACCAGUUCAGACCAGAAAGAUGGAACCAUGACAAACUUUGCCGACAUUGGUGCGGCAAGAGACAGAGUGUUACAAACCAGGCUGGACCGGGCGGCAAAAGCGGACGCCGGCACGGGAACGGCAACGACGAUUGAUCCGAAAGGAUACCUCACCAGCUUGGAGACGUCGGAAUUUGAUCCCUCCAAGGUGCAGCUUGGCGAGAUCCAGCGAGUGCGGACACUCCUCGACUCCGUGAUCAAGACAAAUCCCAAGCACGCACCCGCAUGGAUUGCCGCAGCCCGUUUGGAGGAAUACGCUGGCAAGAUUGUCGCGGCGAGGAAAAAGAUGGCCCAGGGCUGUGAGAUGUGUCCCAAGAGUGAAGAUGCCUGGUUGGAAAACAUCCGACUCAACGAAGGGCAGAACGCUAAGAUCAUCGCUGCAAAUGCCAUCAAGAACAAUGAACGGUCGACGAGACUGUGGAUUGAGGCCAUGAGACUGGAGACGGAGCCUCGAGCAAAGAAACGGGUCCUCCGGCAAGCGAUCGACCAUAUUCCGCAAUCAGUGGCCAUCUGGAAGGAAGCAGUGAAUCUGGAGGAGGAUCCUGACGAUGCGAAACUGCUCCUGGCGAAGGCCACCGAGAUCAUUCCAUUGUCCGUUGAGCUCUGGCUUGCUCUGGCCCGUCUGGAGACGCCGGAAAAUGCCCAGGCCGUUCUGAACAAGGCUCGAAAAGCUGUGCCCACCAGCCACGAGAUUUGGAUUGCUGCCGCCAGAUUACAAGAACAAAUGGGUAACGCCAACAAGGUCAAUAUCAUGAACCGUGCUGUGAAAGCGUUGGUAAAGGAAGGUGCCAUGCUGAAGCGCGAGGAAUGGAUCACGGAGGCUGAGAAGUGCGAGGAGGAGGGUGCUGUCUUGACAUGCGGUGCUAUCAUCCGGGAGACUCUCGGCUGGUCUCUGGACGAGGACGACGACCGAAAAGAGAUCUUCAAGGACGACGCCAAGGCAAGUAUUGGGCGAGAGAAGUUUGAAACCGCUCGAGCCAUCUAUGCUUAUGCCUUACGCGUCUUUCCCACCAGCAGAUCACUGUGGCUCGCCGCAGCUGACCUGGAAAGGAAUCACGGUACCAAAGACGCCUUGUGGCAAGUCCUGGAGAAGGCUGUCGAGGCCUGCCCUCAAUCAGAAGACCUGUGGCUCCAGCUCGCACGAGAGAAAUGGCAUGCCGGCGAAAUCGACGAUGCCCGCCGGGUGCUCGGUAAAGCAUUCAAUCAAAACCCCAACAACGAGGAGAUCUGGCUUGCCGCUGUCAGACUAGAGGCCGACGCCGGACAGGUCAGUCAAGCACGAGAACUCCUUGCGACGGCAAGACAAGAGGCUCCGACUGAGCGGGUGUGGUAUAAGAGCGCGGCGUACGAGAGACAGCUGGGCAAUACCGAUGUCGCCCUCGACCUGGUUCUUCAAGGUCUUACGUCGAGAGUGAUUGACAAGAAAGAGACCCGCUUUCCACGAAGCCCCAAGCUGUGGAUGAUGAAAGGGCAGAUUUAUGAGGAUAAGGGGAUGAUACCACAGGCCCGAGAAGCGUAUGCACAGGGCACCAGAGCGUGUCCCAAAUCUGUGCCGUUGUGGCUCCUCGCGGCGAGACUCGAACAGAAGCAGGGCAUCAUCAUCAAAGCCAGAUCUGUACUGGAUCGUGCACGACUACAGAACCCGAAGAAUGCCGAGUUGUGGGCCGAGAGUGUCAGAGUCGAGCUACAGGCCAACCCACCCAAUGUCCAACAAGCAAAGAUCCUCAUGUCCAAGGGCCUGCAAGAGUGUCCUAAGUCAGGGCUUCUCUGGUCCGAGAACAUCUGGAAACUACAACCUCGGUCGCAACGGAAACCGCUGAGUCUUGAAGCCAUCAAGGCAGCAGAUAACGAUCCAGUGCUGUUUGUGACGGUGGGCCGGAUCUUCUGGAGCGAGCGAAGACUGGAUAAAGCUAUGAACUGGUUUGAGAAGGCACUUGUGGCGGAUCCUGACUUGGGAGACAGCUGGGCUUGGUACCUGAAGUUUCUCAUGCAGCACGGCACCGAAGAGAAGCGAGAAGAUGUCAUUGCGAAGUGCGUUGCGAAUGAACCCAAACAUGGCGAGGUGUGGCAGAGCAUCAGGAAAGAUCCCAAGAACGCAUCUUUGAGCACCAAGGAGGUGUUGAUGGAGGUAAUGAAGCGGCUGGAGGCGAAGGAAGUCAUCAAUUGA